CACCCUUUGCAGUAGUCUCUUCUCCACCGUCUCGACGGAGAGCAAAAGCUUCAAGAACCAUCGCUGCAAAACCCUAACUGUGUCGUAGCUUCGUUGAGUCUCCCACGCUGUCGAAAACCCUAACUCCUGGUUUGCUCUCCUCUGCAGGUGAGCUUGAUUUCUGAGCCAACAUGAGUAGACCAAUGGAAGAGGAUGCCAACGCUGGCAAGAAUGAGGAAGAGGAAUUUAACACAGGCCCACUGUCAGUGCUGAUGAUGAGUGUUAAGAACAAUACACAGGUGCUCAUUAACUGCCGGAACAACAAGAAGCUCCUGGGCCGCGUGAGAGCCUUCGAUCGACACUGCAACAUGGUUCUUGAAAAUGUUAGGGAGAUGUGGACUGAGGUGCCCAAAACAGGCAAAGGUAAGAAGAAAGCCCAGCCUGUCAACAAAGAUAGGUUCAUCAGCAAAAUGUUCCUGCGAGGAGACUCUGUUAUCAUUGUUCUGAGGAAUCCAAAAUGAGGUUUAGCAGAUUCUCGUAUCUCCAGGCAAUGCAGCGGCUGUUCUAGUAGUUUUUGAACUUUUGUUACCUUGGAGUAGUGCUUUUAAUGUGUUGGAGAGAGUGUUUAAUCGGUGUAAUUCUUGCGACGAGGUUGAUAGUCUCUGGCUUUACUGAUUUACAAUGCUUAUCGCUCUAAACUUUCAAUCAUCUCACUUUCCA